AUGAAUCAAGACAUACAGUAUAUUCAAAAUAAUAAUAAUUGGUUAGUAAAUAGUAAUUCUCAACUUCAAACUAAUAGUUUGGAAUAUAAUACAAACUUACAAACCCAAAUUAAUUUACAGCAGCAACAACAACAGCAACAAAUAAAUUGGCAACAACAACAACAACAGCAGCAACAAGUGCUCAAUUCAACCCAAAAUUGUUAUAACUCAUAUUAUAGUACUAGUAAUAAUAAUAAUUCAUUCAUUCGGAAUCAACAACAUUUAAAUUUAAAUUUCACACAUAAUAAUAAUUUCAUUUUGUACGAUCCAAAUUUGACAUUUCAAAACAGUUUGCCAACAAUGCCAAAUAAUAACACUACCUAUUAUAUAGAUAAUAAUAAUAAUUUACAAUUACACGAAACUAUGAAUAACAAUAUUUACACUCACAACUCUUACCCAAGCGUUAUGGAGGCUCAUAAUAAAAUGGAAAAGCAAAUAUUGUCUCAUCAACAACAACAGCAGCAAUUACAACAACAAUUGCAAACAAACCACCCACAACCACAACAAGUGCAAGAGCUUUAUAGUAAUAAUAAAAAUUAUUCUAAUGUAGAUAGUAAAAAUAAAACAACCAAAGAUGUAACUUAUACAUAUGAGGCUACUGGGAAUGGGACAUCUAUUUAUAAUAAUUCAGUUUCAAAUAAUAUUUAUAAUGCAAACCAGGCAAUGCAAAUGGCACAGGAAAUACCUACUGGCCAAAGACAAUUGCAAUAUCAGCAACAACAACUACAACAACACCAAAUUCAAAAUAAACAUCAAAUACAAACAACUGUAGCUCAGCAAAAGAAAUUACAACCAUCUAAUAAUGAAAAUGAUAAUAAUAAAGAACCACAACAACAUGUAAAGAAGUCUCAACAGGUAGUGGUUCAACAAAACCAUCAUACAAGCGUUACAACUUCAAAUUCGAUACAAAUUAUAGAAAAAGAUUUAAUAGAUAAAACAUUGGAACAACAACAAAUUCAACUCGAACUUAAAACAACUAAAGAGGAAAGAGAUAAAAUACAAUUACAUAUCGAACAACAUAAAAUGAAUAUUGAAAACCACGAAAGAAUUUAUAAAAAACCUUAUUUAAUUACAUCAAAAGUAAACGAACCAUUCCCUAAAAUCCUAUCAUUAGAAAAUUGGAAUUUUGUUGGUGAAACAACUUCAAGAAUUUACCAAACUUUAAAUCAAAGAGCAGAUUUCCACAAAAGGUCCUCGUCGUGCCGAGUUUUACUAGUUAAAAAAAUAUUUACUUGGUUAGUUUCUCAUGACAAAGAUUAUAUCAAAAGCCAUAGAACUGUUGAUUUGGUAGUUGCCAUUAGUGACAUUAUUAAUAUGAUUAUUAGUUUAAUAGAAUUACAUCGUGCUCCACCAAAUUCAAUUUUAUAUUUAAUUAUUUAUUCUUCAGACCGUUUCGUUGAAAGAACGGGUAUCAAUCACCAUCAAAUAUUUAAUUUAUUAUUAACAAGCGCCAUUGUAAAUCUAAAAUUUUGGAAUGAAUGCCUUUAUAUUCAAAACAAAACAAUAGCCGAUAUAUUUUCUUUUAGUGUAAAAGAUUUGAAUACAAUGGAAAGAAGAUUUUUAUAUGGUUUAGAUUAUAAUCUUUGUGUGACCGAAGAAGAAUUAAAUUUAUUUGUUGAUAAACUGGAAAAAAUAACAAUUUCACAAUCCAAUUUGGUAAAAUAA